AUGGCAUCAAGAAAAGCCCUGACAGAUGCCGUCAUCACCUUCCUCCAAGCCCUAAAAACCACACCUCUCUCAACGACCAAAAUCUUACAAUCAUUCACCACAUCCCAAGUCCCUCUGAUAUAUGAGCACGGACUGCCACAACUAGCCCCGUUCCUGGGCCGCCGAUUCACCGGUGCAGAGGGAGUGGUGCGUUACUUCGAGUUGCUGGGCGAAACGCUCUCGAUUGAGGAAAUGAGGUUUGAAGAUGAAGGAGGCUGGGUGGUGGAUGGCACUGCUCAGGCGGUUGUUUUGAGGGGGCAGGGCAGGUUUUGUUGGAAAGGCACCGAGCAGGUUUGGGAUGAGACUUUUAUUUAUCGGGUUGGUCUUGUGGUGGAGGGGGGGUGGUGA